CCGGGCCGCCUGAUGGAAGGGGGAAAAAAAAGGAAACGGUGGUGCACUCUCUGCCGCGCGCUCCCGACUCCACUUCUGUCUUGCACUUUACCGUCCCGUCGAGUGAUCCCAAGCAGCCUGCAAGAUGACCAUCAACACCAUGGCUAAAGGAGGCUGGCACCGGGAACAAAUGGCAUGCUUUCGAAAGAUGGAGAAAGUGAUUGUGGCCAUGCAAGACCCUGACAUGGGCAUGAAGAUGAGAAACCAGAGGCUCCUUAUCACUAUCAUUCCACAUGCCAUGACAGGCCAUGAUGUAAUUGACUGGUUGAUCCAGAAAUACAGCAUCUGCGAGGAGGAGGCUCUGCACCUUGGUGGCAUUCUGGUGAGAUACGGUUAUAUUUACCCUCUCAAGGAGCCGAGAUCUCUUGUGUUACGAGCUGACGAGUCGCCCUACCGCUUCCAGACUCCUUACUUCUGGACUAGUACCCGAUGGCCUGCCUCAGAACUGGACUAUGCAAUCUAUUUGGCUAAAAAGAACAUAAGAAAACAAGGAGAACUGAUGGAAUAUGAAAAGGAGAGGUACAGUUUGUUGCACAAGAGGAUCAACCACACCUGGGACUUUGUGGUGAUGCAAGCAAGAGAGCAACUCAGGGCGUCCAAACAGAGGAGGAAGGCAGACCGCAUUGUUCUAGAAUGUCAGGAGCAGGCGUACUGGCUCAUCAACAGACCCCCGCCUGGCUCACAUAAUGUAUUGGAUAUGGGUCUAGAGAAACCAAAUAACUUCAGCUUGCGAGUUACACUGAACAGUGACUACUACAAAAGAGAGAUUGAAUCCUGUCGAAGGGCCCUCGGAAGAAACCGUGUAAAGUCAUCCAUCUGCCUAGAAGGUUUUGUGAAAUACAGCGAGCAGUACCAGAACCAAGAUCCCAUUAUGCAAGGCUGCCUUCCCAGUAACCCCUGGAUCUCUGACGACACCGCACACUGGACAAUGAACGCAGAAGUGGUGCCCACCCCAACACGUCUUCGAGUGGAGCGCUGGAGCUUCAGCUUCAUGGAGCUUCUGAAUGACGCCAUGGGGAGACGGGAGUUCAUGACCUACCUGGAGAAAGAGUUUAGUGCGGAGAACCUAUGCUUCUGGCAGGCCUGUGAGGAUAUUAGACAUGGAGAAAGUUCCAAGAUCAUAGAGAAAGUGGAGGAGGUCUACAAAAACUUCCUGGCCCCUGGAGCUGCCCGCUGGGUCAACAUCGACAGUAAGACGAUGGAUAAAACUCUGGAGGGGAUCAAACACCCGCAUCGUUUUGUUAUGGAUGACGCACAAAUGCACAUCUACUUCCUGAUGAAAAAGGACUCCUACCCAAGAUAUCUCAAGUCUGACCUAUACAAGAACAUGCUGGCCAAAGCUGUUGUCCCACAGGAGACUAAAAAAAGCGUGUUCCCCUUCAUGAGACGCCAGCGGCACUCUAGCCCCUCCCCCGCUCAGGCAGUCACCCAGGCGACGGAAGAAGAUGGGCGUGCCAAAGGGGCUGGGCAAGCAGGUACCAACUCUGCAGCCGGCUCCCAUGUCUGAUGCUGGGCCAAAAAAGAAAAAAAGAACAAAAAAAAAAAAACAUGUCAGACUCAAUCGCCUCCAUCUCCAUUGUCUCUCUUGGUCACCAUAGUAACCGUCCAAGGAGUUCUCUCUGCUUAUUGUUUCAUCUCAAACUGAGUUAAAAGCCAGAGCUUUUCUUUCCCUGCUGUAACACUACCAUGGCUAGGAUUUCAGCAUAGAGCUCCCUCUCAGAGCACAGUUGUUAAUGCAUAUCUCAGCAGCAUCACUUCUUAUUCACAGAGCACGAGCAAUGGACAGCAGAGAAAAAGCAACAGCUACAGCCUUUACUGCUGCAUAUUCACCCUGCAUCUACUGUACAUCAGAUCUCAGUCCACCUAGUCUCAGUCUUCCUGUCUCCCUCAAUAGCUUUUAUUUAGAAUCUACUUCUGUCUCUUACAAACAGUUUUAUCUAAAGGGGUUGUCUAUAGAGGAUAGAGAAGUAAAAUAUGUAUAUAGUCAGAAAUUUGCCUAAGCAUGUCUGUGAUUCUCGUACAGUUUUCUUGUUUCCUUCAUUCCAUGCUGGAGCUUCACAUUGUGACUGUUGUUGCUGUUGAUUGUGUUUGAGCAUGUUUCCAUCCCAAUAAAGUGUCACGACAGCAUUCAGCGUUGUGCUCUCAGCUCUGCAUGCUGUGGUCAGC